AUGAACUCCGUUAUCUCGUCGAACCCGCUGUUCGCCCCUCACCUCCUUGGAACUCCCCGACCAUCUCCCUCUCGCUCAGGUACCGUGCAAAAGGGCUUUGGUAGCGAUAGAAUGUCUGGCCGGAAGCGCAAGGCCAGCGAAGACGACCUGGACGACCGCAUGUCGGCCUCCCCUACGGCAUCGCCAUCAGUCACAGGUCGCCAGCUCUUCCCCGCCUCAAGAUCUGUCAAGAGAAGCCGUACCGUCGUCGCUGCUGGCCGUCCGCUCGACUUGCCCCGUCUCCUCGAGACCCUAUCUCCUGAUGAAAUGAGAAACCUCCUACAAAACAUCUGCGACCAGAACCCCGCCAUCGCUCACGAGGUCGUCACAAAGGCUCCUCGUCCCAGUGUCGAAUCUACUCUCUCCGUCCUGCAAAAGUACGAAACCACCUUCAAAGAGUCCUUCCCCUUCGGCAACCGCCCCUCAUCCGACUACACAUACAACAGAGUCCGCCAGCCUAUGCUGCAGCUCAUUGAAGCUCUCAAGGACUUUACUCCUCACUUCCUCCCUCCGAACGAACCUCAACCCAAUCUCUCCCUUCAAUAUCUCGACGCCGUCACUCAAAUCAUCCACCGUCUUCCCACAUGGGACACCUUCCAACACAACCAUGCAAAGUUCGAAGCAUACGAUGAACUAGCCCAGGCCUGGGCUCUGGCCAUUCGCGAAAGUGCCAAGAAAGGUGGUGGCUUCCAGCUGCAAUAUGCUGGUUGGGACCAGAAGCUUCUCAAGCACAACGAAGAAUCUGGCGGCAGACUGCAAGAUGCCGUCAACGAGUUGCGUGCCAAUGUCACUUACCUCGGCGGCCCUACUACCGGCGGCGCCGCUACCUCCAACCUCGACGAACGUGCUGCCAUAAGACAACAGAUCAUGUCCGGUACCUACGGUCCCGAUGUCUCUGUCGGCGUUGGACGCUGGUAG